AUGCUGCGUCCUCGUCUCCUGGCGCUCCGUCACUCGCGCGCCUUCACCUCCUCCUCCUCCCUCGCAAAGCCCAAGCCAUCCACUCUCCCUACCACUACUACCACUAUCACUCCGACUUCAACUUCGACUUCGACUUCAUCUACGGUAUUGUCAACCGCCUUCUCACGCAUCCAGGCUUCCUCCCUCGGCCGCGCCCUGCUCUGGUACGGCGACAAGCAGAAGAAAAGACCCUACUGGACGCAGUUCUUCAGCACCGUCGUCAUCUUCCUUCUCUCCGACUUUAGCGCCCAGCUGCUCGUCCCCUGGAUCACCAACGACACCACUCACGAUGACCAGCAAAAGACACAAUCAGGAGAUAACGCAGAGGCAGCGAAGGGGAUUCUAGAAAAUGACAGGUUCAUGUUCGUCCACAACAACUUCAACUACGCCUCCAAGUUCCUCUCGAUAGCAACCAAAGUCGUCCUCUCGCAGGUCAUCUACGCGCCCCUCUUCAACGUCUACUUCUUCUCCGCCCAGUCGCUGCUGUCCGGCGCCAGCUGGGCGGAAACCCUCCAGCGUCUGCAAGUAACCCUGCCCGUCAGCAUCGUCAACAGCGCGAAGAUCUGGCCGGCCGUGUCGGCGUUUAUGUUUCUGUACAUCGAUCCGGCGUUCAGGGCCAUAUUCGCGGGCACUAUCGCACUGGGGUGGCAGACCUAUCUCUCCUGGCUGAACCAGCUUGCUGCAAAGGAACUCGGCAGGCAGCAACAUCUCCUUCUCUCGUUCAUCAACUCAACUCUGCUAUCUAUGUCGUCCUCCUCCUUCGACUUCCUCGAGGGCUGGACAAGCGAUGACAGCCACAGUCUCUCCGCCAGCGAGUCGGAGCUCGACAUCUCGCCCGACGAGGCUCUCCUGCUCGCCGACCUUAUCGCCUCCGUCGCCGAUAAGCCGGCAUCCUCUGCUACAGCCUCGAGCCAGCAUCAUCACCAGGCCGCCCCAGACAUAGAAGACCAUGAAUACCUGCGUCUGGCGCUGGAGGAGACCUUUCUCCCGGACGACGAUAGCAUCCCGGACCAGGAACAUCAGCAUCAGACUACAGCCCGCAACCCCAUACAACUAGACCAACCCAAAGACGCAGAUAAAGACAAUGCAGAUGGGAACAAUGGAGAUAGAGACAGAGACAGUGAUGUCUGUGAAGAGAAAGACUCUCGCACACCCCUCGAACGCUUCAGACGACCCCCCAUGAAAGGCCUGUCAGUCUCCGACCUCGUCUCCCCGGCCUGGUGCGAGCUGCAGUACACAUAUACCCUCCUCCACGGGCCCAAGCAGACCACGCCCGCCAUGAAGCGCGGCACAGUCGUCCACCAGAAGCUCGAGAACGAAGUACACACCUCCGUGCCCGUGACCGUGCUCAGCAAGGAAGACGCCUGGGCCCUGCGCAUCUGGAACGUGAUAUACGCCCUUCGCACGCUGCGAGAUACCGGUAUCACACGCGAAAUGGAGGUCUGGGGGAUGCUAGACGGGGAGAUCGUGACGGGCGUGAUCGAUUGUCUCUCUCGCGACCGCCCUACUACACAUGCUGAUCUGCAUCCCUUGCCCGCGCCGUACUCUGGGGUCCGCUCGACUAAACGACUGCAUAACACGCGCGCUGGAUGGGCGUUCGAGCACAUCGGGCAGAAUAUUAUACCACUGUGCGAGGAAGGGGGUAUAUAUAUUACUGAAGUCAAGACGAGAGAUGCGGCGAGGACCGGUACGAGGCUACCUGCGCUUGACUCGCCUUCUUUCAGGCCUGCGCGCAUCCAGUUACAGCUUUAUUACCAUUUCUUGACCCGCAUGGUGGAAUCAGAGGAUGUCAGCGUGUUUGAUAUUGCGGAGAGGUAUGGGCUGAAGCCUCAUGCCCCGCUGUCGGACGCCUUUCUGGCGCAGGUCGGCAGCAUCAACGACGAUUACUUUGAGAACGAGGCUUGUUCGUGGAGUCAAUCGAGGCCCGACGAAGGAGGGGAUGGAGAUGCUAGUUCCAUCGGUGAUAGACUGGAUUCGCUGACGGUGCUACUGAAUCAUAACUCGCUGUCGAAUCUGUGGGAUCUGCUCAAGGAGAAUCUCAGACUGACCUUUUUACGGCCAUCUACGUCUGCUUCUACCUCUACGUCUACUUCUACUGCUGCAGGGGAUAACCAGGUGACGCUGCUAUCGCCUAUACUAACAGUGUCAUACAUGGCUCAGGACAGACCAACCGCAGACACGGAAAGGGAGCCAGAAAAUACAGAAUCAAAAGAAGAGGUACCAACUGAUGCAGAAUCAGGAUCAAACACGCCCACCCCGUCAGAAACCCACAGCCACAACUACACACAACUAGGCACACGCUCGUUCAUCUUCGACCCGGACUCGCUCUACCCCUAUCUGAUCGAGGGCUUGGCCUGGUGGCACGGCCGACGGCCUGCUCACGCCAUCCCCGACUCGCAGGCUUGGAAGUGUCAGUCCUGUGACUUCAGGGGGACCUGCAGCUGGCGCCGGCAGCGGUUCGAGAUGCACAUGCAGAAGAUCCGGGAGAGGGGCAACAGCAACAGGUAG